GGUGAAGAACUUUAGUGCGCAACGCGGGGCGCGCGUCACGACAAACACACGAGCUGGAGGACUGAUAACGACAUCUCUUCCCUUAUAACUUUAAUUACGGGCACUAAUGUAAUAUUUUAUGCAUGUUGUAGAUCUGCCGAAGACUGUAGAUUGAAAGUUGUGCGUUUAGACUGCUGAUGCAUGCUCGAUUUUGCCUGUGACAGUUUCAGUGCUCAAGCAGUUGAGGUAAAAAUCAUAAGCGUAUAAAUGUGAAUAACGUUACAGCUUUACGGGUUGAAAAGUCUUUAACAUUAAGGAUAUAUGAGGACGUUUAGACAAGAAGGGCUGAUGAAAUCGCUAUAGCCAUCCUGCCGCCGAGGAGGAGGAGGAUUUUUGGAUUUUUGCCUCUUCAAGAGAAGCAAGGCUUAUUUAAGAAGAUGGAUCAUGGUGGCUCACGGUGGGAUGCGUUUUGGAAUCCUGUAGCGGCUGCAGGAAGUCGAUCAGCUGGUCAAGGCUAAGGGCAUACAAGGCAGAGAGCUCGGGAGUUUGCUCCGCUGGGGUUAAAGUGUGCAGUGUGCACUACUUCCUGCCACAGGUAGAGCUGUCACAGUGAGCUGUGUCGGUGACUUGCUGUGUCCUUGCUUCACUGCUGCGAGAGCUGCUCGGCUGGAUAUCGCAAUCUCGUGCGCACGCUGAGGAAUUCGUAUCCUGCCACCGCCAUGGAGAAGUGUUGCUCCGACUGCACAGAGCCCAGGAUGGCACAAAGCUUGUGCACCUUUUGCAACAAGUGGCUGUGUUUCCAAUGCACAGACCUGCAUCAGCACGAGAGGACCUCGACUCAACCCUCUGACCUGCAGCAGCAGCAUCAGCAGAGAGACCCUCCGUCACCAUCCGAAAUAGGAGCCGGUUGUUGCGGGCAUGCUGUUGUCAUGUGUCCUCUCCACAAACAGGAGCCUUUGGAACUGCUCUGUGAAACGUGCGACCUCAUGGCCUGCAGCAUCUGUCACCUGUCCACCCACAAAGACCAUCGGCUGGUGCACGUUGGAAAAGCUUUACAAGACCAGCGGUGGCUCCUGCAGAACCUCAUGGCACACGUGGAGGAGAAGAGGUCGGCUGUGGAGAGCACAGCCAAGCAGGUCCAGGGCAGGCUCCACGGUAUAAAGAUCACGCAGAGGAAGGCAGAGAACCAGAUUAAAAUGGCUAAGAUGAUUAUGACGAACGAGCUUAACAAACGGGCCAACCUAUUAAUAGAGCAACUGGAGAGUAUCUCCAGCGAUUUCAAGCAACGUCUGGAGGACCAGCUGCAGGGAGCCAUAGAGCUGUGCAGUCAGCUGGAGCACGUGCAGAACUUCAUUACCUGGGCCACAGCCCACCACAGGCGAAAUCCACUGCUGUUCAGCAAAGAGCUGAUUGCUCUUCAGAUGCAGCAGUUGUUGGAGCCAUUGAUGCUUUCAGACUCCUGGGCCCCUUUAAAAAUUAAGUUCAACUGGGAUGCCAGUUUCUGGACCAAGCAGAUGUCCACUUUAGGUCAGCUGGUUGUUGAGGGUGGAAGUCGUUCUUACACCGAGGUUGUCGGUCACUCCAGUAUCUUGCGACCUCAGCCUGUACCUUGCAUAGCCAUGCCUCCUCUGUGCCACUCUGUGCGUGAACCUGGCUGCGCCUACCAGACUUUUUGCCAGCCUCAACUCUGCUGCCUUCACUGCAGACCAACCCAGUCGGUUUCUUUGGACAAGUACCCCGUAACCCUGGACAAAUACCCCACCCAGUGUCCACAGGCCACCAGCCAGAGCUCCCCACCAUCACUCCGCGGCUGUUGGGAAGCUGAUGCUUCUGUCCCCGUGAACCCACCUGGAUCUCAGCCCAUACAGCGGUCCACCUCUCACCCAGGGCAUGACUCUGUCCAGCACGUAGCCAGCCGCCGCCCUUCCGGAUCCAACAGCGAAUCGCUCCCUGCUGAUUCGACAAUCAUUGACGGGAGAAUAUCCGAACCAGGCCAGAUUUUUGGUGGGAGAGGACAAACCGCUGCAUCAGGAAGUGAGGCAGCAUCAAACAGUGACUUUCAGCAGGGUCAGGCUCAAGACCAGCCGACCACAGAAUCCAACGACCAAGCCAUGGUUGAGCUGCAGCCUAUGUUUGCUUGUAUAGAUGACGGCAGGAGAUCAUUGGCGUCUGAGAUGUACACGCCGGCUCAAGGCCGGGGAGAUGAUAGCCGGAGCCGUUCCGGUUCAGAGACGAGGACCAGGUCUCGGAGCAGCCUGGUAGGACCCGGAGGAGCCCCUAAGAGGCUCUCUAAAGAUGCUCAAAGCCUGGCAACAGUGACUGGAGACCAGGGAUGCGUAACACAGCAGGACUGUCCACGGCUCACAGAGACAGAGGAUGAUGGCGAUGUCAUCCGAGGAUCUCAGCAAAAUGUUCGCCGCGGAUCCUCUCUGACCACCAAGUCCGAGCCAGAAAAUGUAUAUGCAUAUGCCUACGAAAAGAAAACCAGAAAGAAAAGAAGAGUUUCGAGAGGAGAUACGGACACAAGUGACAAAGAAGCAUCUGAUGGUUCCAAGGUUGCAGUUGUGUGCCUUGAGAGACUUAAGAUCCUGGUGUCACGGCAUCCACCACAGAGCCAACAAAACACAGAUCUCCCGUCUGAAACUUCUGAGUCUGGACUGAAACCUGAAAGAAGAGUGCCAGAAAGAGAAACACCUUCUGAGGGUACAUUGAGUGAGGAGUCAGGUCAGACCGGGGACAGCUUGCUGCCCACAGAGCAGCCGUCAUCAGAGCAUUUGCAUUACGGUGGAUCAUCCAGCCCCCCUGAGGUAUCCCAGCCUGCUGUGCAUGAAUUAAGCAACACAAACCAAGAAUCUGGGGUUCUAGGAAUAUCCAGCGAUACCGUUCCUGCCCUGCAACCUGACACGGAAGAGAUUCACUCUGAUCAUGAUCUUCCAUCUGAACCCAGAUCAGUGCCAGCUUCUGAUUUUCAAGCGUACUCCACUGGAGAGGCCGAACUGGUAUCAGAUACAGAUAUUCCGGAAUCGCAAGCAGAAUCGGAAUCGGAUAUGGCAUCCGAGCAGCCUCCCGAAUCCGUGCUCUCGACUUCCGAACAGGAAUUUGAAUCGGAUCCGGAUUCCACAGCUGAAGUGAGACUGAAUCUUGAACCGGAAUCUGAAUGGGAGGCAGAGCGGAGCAUUCUCCCACCUGACACCAGCUCUGAGACAACAUCGGAUGCUGCCGUUGAACCCGAGGCCACUGUGGAGAGACCUGAAAUAGAAAACGAGGACUUCUGUGCAGUCUGUCUCAUUGGUGGAGACCUUCUCUGCUGUGACCGCUGCCCUAAAGUCUUUCACCUGUCGUGCCAUGUGCCACCACUGCGGAGUUUCCCAACAGGCGACUGGAUUUGUACCCUGUGCAGGGAUGUGGAGCAGCCAGAGGUGGAAAAUGAAUGUGAGAAUGUGCAGAUGUCCACCGGCACGGUGCCAUAUGGACUGUCGACAUGUGACCAGAGGAAAUGUGAGAAGUUGACACUGCUGAUCCUCAGCAACAUUCUUAGCGCUCCGUUUCAUGAGCCUGUCAGCCCUCUGGCUCGUCAUUAUUAUCAGAUCAUCAAGAAGCCCAUGGAUUUGUCUGUCAUCAAGAACAGACUUAACAAAAACAGCCACACACACUAUCAGUCUCCUCAGCAGUUUGUGUCUGACGUCCUGCUGAUGUUCAAAAACUGUGCCAAGUUCAACUACGCGGACUCAGAGGUGGCUCAAGCCGGACACAGUCUGAAGUCAUUCUUCCUCUCUAAACUAAGGGAGGUCUUCCCACAUCUAAGGUGCCCUGUGCAGGAGGAGGAAGAGGAGGAGGAAUCAGACAGUGAAGAUUAUGAGGACCUGGAGAGAGCUGCUGUGACCGGAUUCCCCUGGCCGGAGAGAAAGGAGCAGAGCCACAGGAAGAGGAAGAGGAGGCACUCCCUCAACUGGAGGAGAAAUCACUACUAGUUGUGCCUCGUAUUUACAUGUACAGUUAAUGCAGUUGAACCCAUCCUGGGUGUCUAACAGUUUUUUUUUUUAAGAUUUAGGUAUUUUUCUUUUCUGAGGACUAAACCAAUUCCUAUCACAUUAUAACCAGUUCAGAUUUAUGUGUUUUGCUGUCGCUGUGGGUAGGUGUUCACUAUAAUAAGCCUUUUCAUAAGGUCUUGCACUAGUACAUGUGUAUUACAAUGCUUUCGCUUACAUUAAAUCAUACAUUUCGGACGAAAGCUGACUGGUUGCUGUCAACUAGCAAAUAUAGACAGUCAAUGUUAAUUAUUAAUAUUAUAUAUUUGUUGAAUAUAGCUUCUGUUUCAUCUAAUUAUCUGAAAAUCCUAUGUAUCCAGGGGUACUAUUGCCAGCUACUGUUUUACUGUGAUGAUUUUAUUGACCUGUAGAGGGAGUACUUCACAUAGCCUGAGCAGUGCUUCCCAGUCCUGGUCCUCGAGUACCCCCUCCCCAAAUGUUUUAGAUGUCUCAUUUAAAACGCCUGAUUCAACUCAUCAGCUUCCUUCAAGAAUGGCUAACUUGCUGAAGAGUUAAAUCAGGUGUGUUAAAUAAAGAGACAUUCUGGAAGGGGGACUUGUGGACCAGGAUUGGGGAACACUGGCCUGAUGCAAAACAUUAGUUCAUAUUGGACUUUAAUAAGAAAGAUGUAUGAUGUAAUCCAUGACCCCUUACUAGAAGACAUCCUUGUUCAAAUUAGACAAGAAUAUCCAAUUGUUUUUACAGAAAUACUUUUGAAUCACUUUUAUCUUCUUUUACGUAGUUCAAUAACAGGUUUGAUAUGUCUUCUUAAAACUGAAAAAUCUUUAUUGCUAAAAUUGUCAUGCAGAAUACGUUAAGUCCUUCUCUUAUGAUGUUUCAUAUCUUUAACUGGAUUGUAUUUAGUCAUAUAUAUAUACUGAUGUAAAUAUGGAAAAGAUUUUUUUCUGUACAUAAACUAAAUCACAUUUCUUUUUCCUUUUCUGAUGGCUUCAAAAUCCCCCAUAAAAUUGUUAAAAAGCUGUUUUGCAUAUGUUUGUAAUGUAAGAAUUUUUGUGUAUCGUUGUCUUUAAAUGCAUUAUCAAUGCAUAAGUGCAUGAGAUCUUCAUGCAAGCAAUUAACUUUGCAAAAA